UCUGCCUGCCCAGUCCCUUCCUGACCUCCCCACAGUGCUGGCCGCUCCUCCCUCCCAGCCAGACAUGUCCAGCCUGCAGGCGCUGUGCUCCGGCCUGCCCCUGCGGCCCCUCCCUGAGAACCGCGGCCGCUGGCCUGGGGUGCCCCAUGCCCCAGUCCGGACCCCCAGCCUCAGCCCUGCAGAGGAGCAGCUGGCACUGCGGAACGCCCUGCGCUACUUCCCCCCGGACGUCCAGGAGCAGCUGGCCCCUGAGUUCGCCCAGGAGCUGCGCGAGUACGGCCACAUCUACAUGUACCGGUUCUGCCCCGACGUCGACAUGAAGGCCUACCCGAUCCAGCAGUACCCCUGCCGGACCCCAGCUGCCGCUGCCGUCAUGCACAUGCUCAUGAACAACCUGGACCCCGCCGUGGCCCAGCCACCACGCCCACUGUCGCUGCAGUUCUGGCUGACCAUGGCCUACUUGUCGAAGAUGACCGAGGAGCAGACCCUCGUCAUGUACAGUGGACACCCGCUGGGCCUCUUCCCCAGCAGCCCCAGCGCCCCGCGGCUGGUCAUCACCAACGGGAUGGUCAUCCCCAACUACUCCUCCAGGGCGGAGUACGAGAAGCUGUUCGCCUUGGGCGUCACCAUGUACGGUCAGAUGACAGCGGGCAGUUACUGCUACAUCGGCCCCCAGGGCAUCGUCCACGGCACGGUGCUCACCAUACUGAACGCCGGGCGUCGGUACCUGGGUGUCGAGGACUUGGCCGGGAAGGUCUUCGUCACCUCCGGGCUUGGCGGGAUGAGCGGGGCUCAGGCCAAGGCUGCGGUCAUCGUGGGCUGCAUUGGUGUGAUUGCAGAGGUGGACAAAGCGGCUCUUGACAAGCGCCACAGGCAGGGCUGGCUGAUGGAGGUGACAGACAGCCUGGACAGCUGCAUCCAGCGGCUCAGGGAAGCGCGGAAGAAGAAGGAGGUGCUCAGCCUUGGUUACCACGGCAACGUGGUCGAUCUCUGGGAGCGUCUGGUCCACGAACUGGACACGACCGGGGAGCUCUUGGUGGACCUGGGGUCGGACCAGACGUCGUGCCACAACCCGUUCAGCGGCGGGUACUACCCCGUGCAGCUCAGCUUCCCUGAGGCCCAGCGUCUCAUGGCAUCCAGCCCUGCCGCGUUCAAAGGCCUGGUCCAGGAGAGCCUGAGGAGGCACAUCUCAGCCAUCCACAGGCUGGCAGAGAAGGGGCUCUUCUUCUGGGACUACGGCAACGCUUUCCUCCUGGAGGCCCAGCGGGCAGGCGCAGACGUGGGGAAGAAGGGCGCUGGCAGGACUGAGUUCCGCUACCCCUCGUACGUCCAGCACAUCAUGGGUGACAUCUUCUCCCAGGGCUUUGGGCCUUUCCGCUGGGUGUGCACAUCAGGGGACCCCCAGGACCUGUCCGUCACGGACCAGCUGGCCACGUCUGUGCUGGAGAAGGCCAUUGCCGAUGGAGUGGACGCGUCCGUGAAGCUGCAGUACAUGGACAACAUCCGCUGGAUCCGAGAGGCCGCCAAGCACCAGCUGGUGGUGGGCUCCCAGGCCAGAAUCCUGUACUCAGACCAGAAGGGCCGCGUGGCCAUCGCUGUGGUCAUCAACCAGGCCAUAGCCUGUGGGAAGAUCAAGGCCCCAGUGGUGCUGAGCCGGGACCACCAUGACGUGAGCGGCACAGACAGCCCCUUUAGGGAGACCUCCAACAUCGAUGACGGCUCCGCCUUCUGUGCAGACAUGGCCGUGCAGAACUUCGUGGGCGAUGCCUUCCGUGGAGCCACCUGGGUCGCACUGCACAACGGAGGGGGCGUGGGCUGGGGCGAGGUGAUCAAUGGGGGGUUCGGCCUGGUGCUGGAUGGGACCCCGGAGGCCGAGCGGAAAGCCAGGAUGAUGCUCAGCUGGGACGUGUCCAACGGCGUGGCCCGGCGCAGCUGGUCUGGGAACCGCAAGGCCUAUGCCAUCAUCAGCCAGGCGAUGCGCGAAGACAGCGGCCUGGUGGUGACGCUGCCCCACGAGGUGGCGGACGAGCACCUGGUCCAGCAGGCCCUGCGGCUCUGACCAAGUAUGGUCACGCGCCCGCCCCACCACGCACCUCUCUGCCCCCGGACACAGCACACCUGCCCUGCACACCCCACCACUCGGCCUCACCCCGUGCUCCCGGUGCCGGCACGGGAGUGCCUGGCUGGCCCGUCUGACAGAGGAGGCCGCAGAGGAGCCAUUUGUCCACCACCUGCUAGCCCCACGGGUGCCUGGGGUGGGGGCAGUAAGGGGCUUGUCAGGGCCGUGUCCUCGAGCCCCCGGGCCGGCUAGGAGUGGACUCCAGGAGCUUCGGGGCGGGGGUGUGGUCGCACACACACGGCCCAGCUGGCUCCCCGCCAAGGCCUGUGGGGCCCUCUGUCCAGGCCUGGUCACCUCGCUCUGCCCUCGCCCCUCCCGCCACCCUGUGGCUGGCUUCUUCCUGUUUGCACCGUGGGUCUGGACCCACCCUUGCUGUGCCUCAGCGCCCAGGCCUGGGGACACACGGGCUCUGCCAGGCCCUUGGCCAGAGGGCUCCAGGGGGGAGAGCUGGUGGGAACCCCGGGUGAAGAGCCCUGCGAGGUGCAGCCCCAGCGGGUGGCAGCUGCCAUCGGGCUUUGGGACCAGCUGUUGGGCACCCCGAGCCGGCACGGUGAGCCCCAGGCCUGGCUCCUCACGACAGGCUUCCCAUGCUGUCAGGACCUGGGGUCCACAGGCCAUGCGGGCCCUGAGGCUGGGCUCUGUGCUCCCCAGAUCAUAACCCCCGGCUGGGCCAGCCUCAGCCGCAGCGGGAGGGCCCAGGCCACAGGACCAUGCAGCCACGGGCCCCAGGCUUCACUUCGUCCUGAGGGAUCCUCCACUUCCAGCCCCCCAUCUCCCCGACCCUGUGGCCCCUCCUGCACUUCGGCCAAACUCUCCCUGCCUCUGGGCACUGCAGGCCUGCCCUGAGCUGAGCCAGGGUUAGGACACGCAGGCAACAGUGGGGUGAGGAGAGGACCCUCCAGAGAGCCCCAGCCCACAGGUGGUCGGCCGUGUCUGGGCCACACGGAGGGCCCAAGCCACCCGCUUUGUCUUCCCCAGAGCAGACAGCUGUGGGAGGGCUGUGGGGUGGGGGUCUUAGCCCCUUCCCCAGUCUCAGAUGGCGGUGCUGUCCUCCUGGGGGUCGGGCCCCAGUGCCGGGCCGGGCUCUCCCUCCCCCUUAGCAGCCAUUGCUGUUGGGACCGAGCGGGCUCGUUAGCGAAGCACCGUGCCGGGCGGUCAGCCCGUCUGGCGGGGUUAGAGGCGAAGCUCCCCCCGGGGUCUCCGUGUGCUCGUGUAACGUGAGAGUUUCUCAAGUCCGGGCGAGGGGUGGUGGAUGCGGGACGGUGGACGCAGGCUGGCCUCUCUGAGCACACGUGCCUAUGCCCGGGGCUGAGGCGGGUGGGUCACGGCGUGUGGCACUGUAGCGUGUGCUGUUUCUCUGUCUCGGUCUCAUGGAAAAAAUGAAUAAACUUUAGAAAGAGGGCAGCUGUGGGGGCCAGGCCGCCCUCGGCGGUCCCGGCUGCUGCGGACUGGGCCUCGCCCGCUCAG